AUGAUGCAAGAACGAGACCCACACAACAAGGCAAAGGACGAAGAUGAAGAGGUUGAAUUUCCAUUCCAAAAUUUGGAAAAGACUCAAGUCUUACAAGAGACUAGAAUUUUCAACGAGUCACCUCUAAGUCCUCGUAAAUGUGUUCUUACACUUCUCCAACUCUUGUACGUCAUUUAUCAAGGAAAGAAUUUGAAUGCUACUGAAGCUACCGAUGUUUUUAUGAACAUUACAAAGCUUUUCUUAAGCCCUGAUGUACGAUUGAGAAGAAUGUUAUAUAUUGCUGUAAAGGAACUUUCAAGGACAGCUAAUCAAACAUUUGUAGCAAGUAACAGUCUCUUCAAGGACAUGAGUCAAAAUCAAAACGAAGAUUUUAAAAUCAACGCUAUUCGUUCAUUAAGAACAAUCAUGGAUGAAAAUCUUUUCAGUAACCUUGAAAGACACUUGAAGCAAUGUGUUGUUGAUAAGAAUCCAGGUGUUGCCAGCUCUGCUAUUUUGGCUGGUUUCCACAUGUCCGAUUCACAAAAAGGUGAUCAACUUGUUAAGAGAUGGACUGGAGAAAUUCAAUCAGCUGUUGAUUCUCGUUUCCACAUGGUACAAUACCAUGCUUUGGCAUUAUCUUACAAACUUAGACAUCAAGAUGGUUUGGCUAUCAGCAAGAUUGUUUCCGCUGGUAUGCAAAAUCUCAGAUCACCUCUUGCUCAUACUCUUCUCAUCAAAUAUUCCAUGAGGAUUAUGAGAAUGGAAGGAAAUAUUAAUUCUGAUAGAAGCAAGGCAAUUUUACAAUAUUUAACAUCAUGUCUUAAAUUUAGAAAUGAUAUGGUCAUUCUUGAAGCUGCUAAAGCAAUUUGUACAAUUAGAGAUUUAGGAAAGGAACUUUCCGCAGCUAUUGAAGCUCUUCGUAUGUUCUUGUCAUCAAACAAGCCAGUUAAGAGAUUUGCUGCAAUUCGUCUUUUGAAUGAUGUUGCAAAUCAUUAUCCAACUCUUGUUUCUCAAUGUAAUAACGAACUUGAAAAGUUGAUUGCUGAUCCAAAUAGAAAUAUUGCUACCCUCGCUGUUACAACUCUCUUAAAGACUGGACAAGAAACAAAUAUUGAAAAAUUGAUGAAGAAGAUUCAAAGAUUUAUUCCAGAAAUUCCUGAUGAAUUCAAGAUUAUUGUUGUUAAAUCUAUUGAAUCUUUGUGUAUUAGAUAUCCAAAGAAGUUCUACAGCAUGGUUUCUUUCUUAUCAAAUGCUUUACGCACUGAAGGUGGAUAUGAAUAUAAGAAACAAUUAGUCAGUACUUUGAUUUCAAUCUGUAAGGCAUUGCCAGAAAGUAGAGAUUUGAUUGUUUCCUACUUGUGCGAAUUUAUUGAAGAUUGUGAAUAUACCAUUGUUUUGCAACAAGUAUUACACUUUUUGGGAGAUGAAGGUACUCAAAGUACAGGUCCUUCUAAAUGUAUUAGAUUUAUUUAUAAUCGUUUGAUUUUGGAAAACCCAACCGUAAGAGGAAGUGCUGUUAUUACUAUUGCUAAAUUUGCUGCCAAGAUUCCAGACCUUAGAAAGUCUAUUUUGGUCAUUUUGAGAAGAGUUUUACUCGAUAGUGAUGAUGAAGUCAGAGAUCGUGCUGUUUUCUACGUUAAGGCUCUCGAAACAAAGGAUGAAGAUUUGAUUAGAAAGUUGAUUGUUAAUGACCUUCCAGAUAAUAUGCAACACUACUUCUACAGUGUUGAAAAGAGUUUGGUUAACUAUCUUCAAUCUACUCUUGAUGAACCAUUUGAUCUUUCUGAUGUCCAACUUGUUGAUGCUUCUGCCAUUCAAACUGAAGCUCCUACUGAAACUGGUUUGGAAUCUGCUGUAACACAACCAAUCCUUUCUGAAACUACCACCACUGAAACUAGCAAUGCCAAUGAUACUCAAGAAUAUGAACAAGCAAUUACAAAGAUUCCACAACUCCAAAAUCUUGGAAAGGUUUUCAAGACAAACCCUCCAAUUUACCUUACUGAAGUUGACGCUGACUAUGUAGUCUCAUGUGCUAUCCAUGUUUUCGAAUCUAAUAUUGUUCUCCAAUAUAUUGUAAAGAAUAGAGUUGAAUCUCAACAAUUGAGUAACCUUAUUGUUGAUUUGGAUUUGGGAGAUUUUGAAGAUGUACAAGAAGUUUUCAAGAUUCAAGCUGAAUCAGCUAUCAAAUUUAAUCAAGCCGAAUCUACCUUUGUUGUUUUGAAGAGAGAAAAGGAAAUUGCUACUGGUAAAAUUUUCAGUACUCUCAAGUUUUGUACAGCCGAUGUUGAUCCAGAAACUGGUGAUCCUUACGAUGAAGAAGAUGAGAAUGAAGACGAAUUUGAAUUGGAAGCAUUUAAUAUUCGUGUUACUGAUUUCGUUAGAAAUAUGGCAGUAUCAUCAUUCAAAGAAGAAUGGGAUAAGCUUGGUGAAGAGUCCGAAUUUGCUCAACAACCAAUUGAAUACACUGCAUCAGAUGAUUUGCAAGCUGCUGUUGACAAGUUCAUUUCUAGUGUUGGUUUGAGACCAAUUGGUGACAGAACCGUCUCAAAGAAGACUCACUCUUUAUACUUUGCUGGUAAAUCAAUAUUCGGUGAUAUGGUUUUGGUUGCUGCUCAAUUAGGUGAAAAGAAUGGUUCUAUACUUCUUAAAUUAUCUGUGCGAUCACAAGGAGAUUUGAGAGAAAGUAUUGUUCAACAAUUAUCUGAUUAAACUUAUUUAAAUUUAUAUUAU